AUGGUACGUGAAGUUGAAUUAUCCUCAUCGGCGAGCUGUUCAGUCGAUCACAUAUCAGCUAAACACGCUGCUAACGAUGGUAUUCAAGCAGAAGAUUUACCAACUAAAGAUGAUUUAACGACAAAACCUCGUUCAAGUACGACUGAUGAUGAAUCUGGUUUUUCAGAAUCAGUUACGACAUCAUCGAGAUCGUCACCUGAAUUAGUAUUGACUGAAGAUGAUUACGAAUUGGCGCUGACAUUAUCCGACGAAAGCAAAAAAGAAUUCUGCUCCGAUAUGUGUUUAGUAUUUCAUGCUGAAUUUCAACUUACAUUCGGCAGAUAUUUCACAUCAGACCAAUGGGUAUUGGUACCAUUAACAGUUGAUGGUACCUGUAAAUUACCUUCGGAUGCAUUAUGUGAUGUAGAAAUCGCCAAAGUACGGUUUGAAUGCAAUGCCUGUGGGCAUUGUUGGACGUCAAUGCGUGGACAAAUAUCGUUCUUCUACGAUUGUAAAUCACACGUUCUUUAUUUCAAAUUAUUUACCCAAAAUUGUGAUCAAUGUGGCGAUGUAUGCGCACCACUAUGGUAUCCCGAAGAGGUCUGCCGUGUCAUUCGAAAUGUGUUCGUCAUUGUCAAUAAUCAUGAAUAUCCAAAUUUAGCAACACCAAUAAGAUCAAAUCACUAUCGUCGUAUUGGAAAUCCAAAAGGACAACAUCAUGGCUGUGAAUCAUGUCGCGAUGGUGUUUGUGUGGCUCUAGCUGCGCAGCAACUCGGUUGCAAACUUGUUAAAUAA